AUGAAAAUGAUUAUAUACCAAGGAAGAGCAGAGCAAGAGGCGGUUGCUAAGGCUGCCCUUAUUGGCUGCCUUCUGGUAUCUCAUCAGAAUAAUGUUUUACUCUAUUCAGAAAUUCGAGUUGAAACGCGGGUACUGAAAGAGAAUUCCAAGUUAGCAUGGGAGAUAUCACCAGAACUGGCUGUACAUCUACCAACAAGAUUCCGCACCUGCCCAACUCUUCGUGAUACCAUACAGGAAAUGGUUCGUCUGCAACCGGAAGCGGUUUCGCACCUCCCCGACGCGUUGCCACUGUUUCUGGGAGACGUGACGGUCUUUGAGCACACUGAUAUUGCCCACGUACUUACGUGGGCCACCUGUUCUCCGGUGAUGGCGCUAUCUCUGCUCACUCCGCGCCAAUAUCCUCUACAUCCGGUCACAGUACAGUACGCUGUCCGAGUACUACGGUCGUACCCGGCUGACGCACUGCUCAUGUAUAUUCCACAGCUGGUCCAGGCUGUCAGGCAUGACACCAUGGGUUACGUAGCUGAGCUGAUUGUGUGGUUAGCUAGCCAUUCACAGCUUUUGGCUCAUCAGUUGAUUUGGAAUAUGGAGACGAAUAUGUAUACUGACGAGGAUAGCAAGAACAAAGAUCCUGUUCUCUUUGAUGCUCUCAAUGAUAUCAUCAAGAAGACCACAAGCCAGCUCGAAGGUGCGGCGCGUCGAUUCCACGAAGCCGAGUUUUCACUGUUCCACCGGCUUACUGCGAUCUCCGGCACCAUAAAGCCAUAUCCAAAAGGCGAUGCAAGGAAGAAAGCCUGUCUCAAAGCGUUGGCUGAGGUCAAAUUGGAGACGAUAACCUAUCUCCCAUCGAAUCCUGAAGCAUUCUUGUUGGAUAUUGACUACUCGAGCGGAACUCCGAUGCAAAGUGCCGCCAAAGCUCCGUUCUUGGCGCGAUUUAAAGUCCAACGAUGUGGUGUGCAUGAGCUGGAGCGCAUUGGUUUGGAGGCGCAAUCGCAUGAGAAAGGCAAACAGCCGCCACCUGAGGCUGAUUUGAAUGAGCUGCGGAAAAUUAGCGACAGCGGCACGUGUUGGCAAGCAGCUAUCUUCAAGGUUGGUGACGAUGUGCGACAAGACAUGCUGGCUCUCCAGCUGAUGCAACUGAUGAAGAAUGUCUGGGCCGGUCUCGGGCUUCCUGUAUGGCGUCGGGGCUUCCUGUAUGCGUCUGUUCAUCAUAUAGGUCGCAGAUUACGGCUAGCCAAUAAGGACCUCAACCUUCUUGCUCGCGCAAACGUCCGAGUAGUAGCCACGUCACCGGGAUGCGGCGUGAUCGAAUGUGUGCCGAAUUCGAAAAGUCGAGAUCAGCUCGGACGUCAGACCGAUUUUGGUUUGUACGAAUAUUUCAAGACUACAUAUGGCGAUGAAAGCAGCGAAUCAUUCCAGGAAGCUCGCCGGAAUUUCGUUCGGAGUAUGGCAGGUUACUCGGUGUUCAGCUUCUUACUACAAAUUAAAGACAGACAUAAUGGCAACAUAAUGAUCGAUUUGGAAGGCCACAUCAUUCAUAUUGACUUUGGCUUUAUGUUCGAGAGCAGCCCGGGUGGGAACUUAGGUUUUGAGCCUGAUUUCAAACUCAGUGAAGAAAUGGUGGCAAUCAUGGGUGGUAAGAUGGAAGCGGCACCAUUUCGACAGUUUGCCACACUCUGUGUGCAGGCCUAUUUGGCUGUCCGACCUUAUCAGAAGGCCUUUGUGUCGUUGGUGUCUUUGAUGCUUGACACUGGUCUUCCGUGUUUCCGCGGCAAAACCAUCCAACAGCUGCGAGCACGUUUUGCACCUGAGAUGAACGAGAGGGAUGCAGCAAGAUAUAUGCAUUCAGUAAUUACCAACUGUUUCCUUAACAUAAGGAGCAAGAUGUAUGAUCAACUGCAGUACAUCCAGAAUGAGAUCCCUUACUAA